AUGCUCAAAGUCGCUAUGCAUUUUCAACUCUUGCCAGUCUUUCUCGCUGCUGUGGCUAUUUGGAGUCAAGUAGCCACUGCAGCAGUUUUAUCACGCAAUAUCACUUUUUUUGAGGAGUCGGAGUUGCUUCCGGGAGCUGCGCAUAUAUUCUUGUCCUGCCUCAACGCCAGCGACGUCACAUACCGGUUGUACGUUGAGGAUGGUGCUAUAAUUGUGUUCCCGUCAGAUAAACGGAUGUGUGACUUCGACGGUAUCGACGAGUGGCUUGAGCAGUGCAUGAUGAUAACUUCAAGCACGGUGGUGGCUAUGGUACAGGAUUCAAUCAAGCCAAGCUACGGGUACCUCAAUAGCAUUCCUGCUAUUGAAGCCACGUAUGCUUGGCUCCUUGAAAAGGGCGCCCGUGGUCUUCACACGACUGGUAAAAGGCCGAUAUUUAUUGACUCGCCUUUAAUUGAUUGGAUCGAGGAUGGAACGGAAGAAUAUAUGGGUGAAGAGGAGCUGUGUGAUCUUUGCUAG